AUGCAUCAAAUGAGAAAUAAAUAUAUGAAGCACAUUUGUGAAAUUGAAGAAAGUUUACACAUUCCAGGAAAGGAAAAUAAGGAACAAUGCAUCCAAAUGUUGAAAAAACAACACAGAGAUAAGAUGAAAAUUUUUAAAGAAGUACUUGAAGCAUAUCAAGAGCGCAUAAAGAAAAACAACAAAUAUUGGGAAGAUCUAGUGCAGCAUUUAAAGAAUGAAAAUAACCAACUUAUCCAAGAAAAGAUCCAAAGUAAACAAGAAUUUGAAAAGUGGGAAAAUCAGAAGACUAAAAUUUUAGAAGGAUUUUCCCAGAAGAUGGAUCUGUUACACAAUCAUCAGAUUUCAACCCUCAAAGAACUUCAGAUAACUAGAUUUGAGUUAGAAAGAGUACAAGAAAUGCUAAAACCACAGCAAGAGAUCAUCACUGAGAAACAAGAAAACGAUUGUCUGCAAGCAACCUCAGAAGCCAAAAUAUCUGAUGAUCCAGAUUUUGAGGUGCAGGAGAGCUAUUUACAGGAAAAACAGAAGCAAAACCUAAAGAAUUGUGUAAGUAUAUUGGAAGAAACAGAGCAUGCUGGUACUGAAAAAUGGGCUACUGUCAUAGGACUACCAGAAGAAACACAAGGGAAGGAAUUGUACCUCAGUUCUUCAGAGGCUUCUAAGGAAUAUUAUCAGGAAAAGGCUUGCAUGAUGUUUCCUAGCUCAAACAAGAGAGAGGAUAAAGCAUCAGGCACCAAUCAGACUAAAAUCGCAGAAGCUCAGAUCAGACUGGAGAAGGUGAAGCAGACUCUGAAUAAAAAGGAAGAAGAAAUUACUGAGCUUUUGAAAGAUAAAAAUCAGCCAGAAAAUGAUUUUAGAACAUGGACUAAAAAACAGCUUCUCCACAGUGACCCAUCAAGCAUACUUCUGUUGAAGAAAAUUUUAGAAAAGUUUCAUCCUGUUUAUAGUGAAGUUCCUGAAGCACGGCAAUUUAUUGACUGCCUCUUAAAUGAGAAUAAUGGGAAGGCAGUGGCAGCCAAGGAAACUUUGAACAGAUUGCAACAAAAUGUGAUUGACUCCAAACAAGUAGUGGGAGGAAAUCCUACAGAUUUUAACAGGUUUCAGUUUCCAAAGGAUCUUUAUAGAAGUCUGGAAGAAACACAUGCUGAACUUUGGGAAGCAGAAAUGACAGUGGCAGCACUGGGUAGCAUUACGUCUGGAUGUAUUAGCGAACAACUGUAUUCUAUUAUGGCAGGUUCCAAGAGAACAUAUGAAGCGGAACUGUGGCUUAAUCUGGGACAGAGGGAAAUGAGACAUCCACUUGCUCCUGAUAACAACAUAAAUUUUGGCCAGUGCCUAAAGGACAACUUGAGUAAAAACACAUCAGAGGUCCAGAGCCCAGCAUCACCUGAACUGAAUAGUGCUGCUAAUGAACUCUGGGUACUUCAAGCAGAGUUAAAACAGUUGAAGCUGGUAAACAAGAAUCUGGUUGAGAACUUUAAUUAUGAGAGAACUCUGAGGAAAAUGUAUUAUAAUAUGGUGCAGGACUUGAAAGGAAAAAUCUGUGUUUUCUGUCGAAUACGGCCUUUAAGUAAAUUUGAGUUAGCUCGUGGGAGCCAGUGCAUUGUACAGUCUCCUGAUCAAUAUACCAUUACCAUCCAAAGUAAUCGUGGUGCUAAGGAAUUCCAGUUUGAUCAAGUUUUCAACAGUUCAACAUCACAGGAGGAAAUCUUCAAAGACACAAGCAGGCUAAUUCAGUCAGCUGUGGAUGGCUACAAUGUAUGCAUCUUUGCAUAUGGUCAGACAUGCUCUGGAAAAACAUUUACAAUGAUUGGAGAGAAGGAAAAAUCAAAUCCUGGAAUAAUACCCAGAGCGUUCAAGAGAAUAUUUCAAAUAGUAGAUGAAAACUACACUAAAUUUACAUUUAAGGUUUCAGCCUACAUGUUGGAGUUGUAUAAUGAACAACUUUUGGAUCUUUUCAUCACACCCUGUGAUGGUUUCAACACAAAGCUUGAAAUAAAGAAGGAUAAAAAAGGAUCUGUAUACAUCCAGGGGGCAGAAGUGAAGGAGGUUACCAGUGCAGAAAUGCUCUAUGCAUUAUUCGAGCAAGGUUGUAUAAAUCGCCACACAGCAGCCACAAAAAUGAACAUGGAAAGCUCACAAUCCCAUUUGAUUGUUGGAGUGAUGAUAAAAAGCACAAAUCUCAUCAAUGGAUCCAUAACUUGUGGAAAGCUCAGUUUGGUUGAUUUAGCAGGAAGUGAGAGAGCAUCCAAAACUGAAGCAACAGAUGAACAAUUAAAGGUCUUCCUUAAACACAUUCUUAUUUCAUGUUGUCUUCCUAGUUAG